AUGGCGGUGGCCUGUGUUUGCUUCGUUGGCAAACAAAAUGAGCCUCUUUCCCUUCAAGUAUUCAAUCUGGAGGACGAGCUCUCGAUGCAAUUCGCCGCAUAUGCGGCCUUGGACAUAGUGGAGGAGAAAAUCCAAGCGCAGCAAUCGCCGUCGUCGUCGUACGGUCCGCCGGCUGGAGCAGCGGCUUCUGUGCCUCCGUCGGGCGACUGCUACCUUGGCGUGAUCUGCCCUGCUCUCUGCCUGGGUCGCGACUACCUGUUCUACGCCUACGUGGGCACCACGGGAAUCAAAAUCUUGGUGGCCAUUGAGCAGAGGAGCCAGUACCACCAACAUGACGUUCGAAAUCUCUUCCGAAGGCUUCACCGCUUGUACGCAGACAGUAUCUGCAAUCCGUUUCUGCUGGACACGAUCGAAACCCCCAAGUUUCUUGGCGAGUUAGACGCGAUCGUGGAUUUCUACGGGAAGAAAUUUGCGGGCAGAGAUCACUGA